ACACACAAACACAUAAGCAAAUCCUACACACGAUUCUCUGUUUCUUUGUUUCUCUUCUGAAUUAGCUCCAAAUUCUUGAUUUUCCCGAUUUGUCGGUGGAAUGCUGUUCUUUUCCUAGAUAUAUUUAGAGGUUUUCAUUCUGAAUUCCUGUUGCAGAAUCCAAAAUUGAAUUGGGUUGAUUUGGAAUCGUUGUUUUCAAUCUUUUUUCUGGUGUUUUCGCUCUUCGAUUUCAUAUAUUUAGGGUUUCUCUUGUUCUGGGCUAGCAAUUUUUGUUGAAUCGAGUUGCGGGAUUCUUGGCGAAUAAAUUCAGUAAUAAUCCCCAAUUUGAACGGUUUGAUUCGGGGAUUAUAGGGUUUGUAUGAAUUGGGUUUAUCUGAUUGAUCAUCGGGGAACUCUUUUAUUCAAUCGAUCUUGAAUGGUCUGGGAAUUUUCCGUUCGUUCCAUCUGAAUCUGUUCAGACGCCUUUUGUUUCAUAGUAAUCUCGAGGUUGGUGUGAAGUUAGGGUUUUCUUCUGAGCAUGAAAAAGAGGUUUACGGGGAACAUGCUUUGUUUCUAACUUACGACGAUGAUAAAACAGACGGUGAGAUCCAAAAUGCCGAACGUUAAACGCUGCAAACUAGAGGAGGUCGAUAGCGAGGAAACUGAAGAUGAUUAUGAUAUCGAAUUUGUUUCAGGUUCUAAUAACGAAAAAACUCGGUUUCUGGAUUACGACAAUGUUGUUAAUUCUUGGCGAACUGGAGUUCCUUACAUACCUGGUGCUUUGAAGUCAAAAUUGGGUUCUAUUCCACAACUGAAAUCUUCGCGAGGUCGUGUCGCAGUUCGCCCAUCGCGUUAUACUGAUUCAGUUGUGGGUUUAUGGAAGAAAGAAGACGAUAAUGGUUUGUGUAGUGAUGAUAACAGAAGUUUGAAGAAACGCGGACGUCCGUAUCCUGAAAGGGAACUGUUAUCCAAGAAACAGAAGGUUGUAGAGAAGAUGAAGAAUGAAAAAAAGAAGGGUUUUUAUGGACUUCAAGAUUUUCUUACUGGUGAUAUUGUUUGGGCAAAAUGCUCGAAUCGGUUUCCAGCUUGGCCUGCUAUUGUGAUCGACCCACUACACGAAGCUCCUAAUUCUGUAUUGAGAGCUUGUGUUCCUGACACUCUUUGUGUGAUGUUUUAUGGGUAUUCGAAGAGAGGUCAAAGGGAUUAUGCGUGGGUGAAGGAUGGGAUGAUGUUUCCUUUUUUAGAGUAUCUGGAAAGCUUCCGGGGACAGACUCAAUUAUAUGGCUGCAAGCCGGAUGAUUUUCGUAAAGCAAUAGAAGAGGCAUUCUUAGCAGAGAAUGGCUAUUUGAAUUCACGCUAUGCAGACAAGGAGGAAUGUUCUGCUACACCCGAUCUUGUUAAUAACCCAAUUGCAACUCUUCCGGAUCAGCAUCAGGAGAGUUGUCGCCGUAAGCAGAGUGCCUCUAAUAAGAAGGAAUCUCAACCGUGUGUCAGUUGCGGUUUGUUUUUUCCAUUUAAAACAACGAAGAAAUCCAAAGGAAUAACCUCUCAACAGCAGGCUUUGUGUGAACAUUGUUCAAAGUUACGGAAAUCAAAACAAUACUGUGGCAUUUGCCAGAAGAUUUGGCAUCAUUCUGAUGGUGGAGAUUGGAUAUGCUGUGAUGGCUGUAAUGUUUGGGUACAUGCGGAAUGCGCCAAAGUGUCUAGCAAAAUUUUUAAGGACCUGGAGAAGAUCGAUUAUUACUGCCCAGAAUGCAAAGGUGAAUCUACUGUUGAGCAACCUGUUGUAGAUAAUAAGGAACCAAAACUCAGGUAUCAAUUUGUUCAUAAGGGUAUUCGCUUUCUCAUUAUUUUAUAUUUGAUGAGGUCAUAUAUGUUCAUCAGGUCUACAGAGAGUAGCGACCGGAGUGUGUUGCCUGACAAUAUAAGCGUCAUUUGUACUGGAAUGGAAGGGGUUUAUUAUCCAAAACUUCAUCUUGUCGAAUGCAAAUGUGGUUCAUGUGGAACAAGAAAGCAAACUCUCGGUGAAUGGGAGCGCCAUACUGGUUCCCGAGCGAAGAAGUGGAAGGUCAGCAUUAAAGUGAAAGGUUCAAUGGUCACACUGGAGAAAAUGCUUUCAGAGUAUAAUGGUAAUAGUGUUACAGCUGCUGUAACCCUACAUUUGGAUGAAAAGCAGUUGCAUUCAUUUCUUCAAGAAAAGUACGAGCCCGUUCAUGCAAAGUGGACAACCGAACGAUGUGCUAUUUGUAGAUGGGAUGAGGACUAUGAUGUCAACAAAAUUAUCAUCUGCAACAGAUGUCAAAUAGCCGUUCAUCAAGAAUGCUAUGGCGUGAGAGAUAUCCAUGAUUUCACAUCUUGGGUUUGCAGAGCAUGUGAAACGCACGAGGUUGAGAGAGAGUGUUGUCUUUGCCCUAUUAAAGGUGGUGCUUUGAAGCCAACCGAUAUCGACAAUUUGUGGGUUCAUGUCAUCUGUGCGUGGUUUCGGCCCGAGGUUGCUUUCGUAAGUGAUGAAAAAAUGGAGCCUGCAACCGGACUUCUUCGGAUUCCACCUGAUUCUUUUGUCAAGGCAUGCGUCAUCUGCAAACAGGUUCAUGGUUCUUGCAUACAAUGUUGCAAGUGCGCCACUCAUUUUCAUGCAAUGUGUGCUUCAAGGGCGGGGUACUGUGUGGAGUUGCAUUCAACGGAGAAGGAUGGGAUAUAUAACACAAAAUGGACUCCAUACUGUGCUGUCCACAGAACUCCAGCAGAUAAUGGGAUUGUCAUCAGGACGUCUUCCGAGGUUUUUUGUGCAAAGAGGUUGCUUGAAAAGCAGCAUCAGAAACAGAGUUUUAGGGGUUCAAGGCUCGUAUUGUGUGCCAAAAUGGAACACUCGGAUUCAUCAAUAGCGGAGAACAAUGAACCCGAAUCACCCUCUGCGGCCAGGUGUCGCAUCUACAGAAGAUCAAGUACCAAGAAUGGUGUAAAGGAGGCAUUGUUCCAUCGGUUAAUGAGGCCAAUCCGGCAUUCCAUAGAUGCAAUAGAUUGCUUAAACUCCCACAGGGUAGUUCAAGAUUUGAAUAAUUUCUCCACAUUCAAAGAAAGGCUUGCCUGUUUGCAGAGGACAGAGAAGCAUCGUGUUUGUUUUGGUAAAUCCGCAAUACAUGGAUGGGGCCUUUUUGCACGGCGGAAUAUUCAAGAAGGAGAAAUGGUGCUUGAAUAUCGUGGUGAGCAAGUGAGGCGCAGUGUUGCAGAUUUGAGGGAGGUACACUAUCGGUCUGAAGGCAAGGAUUGCUAUCUUUUUAAGGUCAGUGAUGACAUUGUAAUUGAUGCCACCGAUAAAGGAAAUAUUGCGCGAUUGAUCAAUCAUUCGUGCUUUCCGAAUUGCUAUGCUAGAAUUUUGAGUAUGGGUGCAGAUGAGAGUCGAAUAGUUCUUAUAGCGAAGACCAAUGUCUCUGCUGGCGAUGAGUUAACGUAUGACUACAAAUUUGAUCAAGAUGAGCAGGAUGAACUCAAAGUCCCUUGCUUAUGUAGAGCUCCCAAUUGUCGAAAUUUCAUGAAUUAGUUUAUAUACCAACAAAAUAUGACCCUUUUUAUACAACACCCUCCUCGCGAGGCUUCAGAAAGAUGAACAAACGAACUAAAUUACGGUGGUUAUACAUCGGAAGAGAGCGAAAACGAUCCUCUAGAGGCAUUAGAAGAACAACUUACAAGUGUUAUUUUGCAUGUAAAUCUAACAUCUUUCUUUCUUGCUUUCCUUUUUUACUUUAAAGUUUAUAUGUAAUUCUUUCAAGUACAAUUACAAGGGUCGUAA